UUGUGCGUCUGUGUGCGUGUCUGUGCUUCAAGCAGAUCUGGUGAACAGCUGGUAGUUGAGGGGAGGAAAAGAAAAUUACAAAAAGGAGGGUCCUGGAGAAGCUGAAAAACAGACAGGAGGAGGCAGCCAUGGGGCGGUGCUAUUAUGUUUUUAAAUGAAGUAUGGAUAUGAAUCCAAACACAAGUCCUCCUGUCUAAACUCUGGAGGACCGAAGAAGAAGAAAAAGAAGACCAGGCUGCUGCUGCUGCUGCUGCUGCUGCUGCUGCUGCUUUUAACUGGUUUUCCUGCUGCACAGAAGAGAUGAUGGUUGUGCCUGUUCUCACAUCUGGGACAAGGACGCUGUGAGAGCUUUAGAAAAAGAGAUAUUUAUUAUUUUGAGAACAGCUUUGACUCGCACACGAAUCACAAAUAAACUGAGUAGUAACCGGAAUAUGUGCUUGUGUGCUUCUUCUGAGGUUCUGCCGGUGCGUAAUUACUCCAGCCGGGGGAGGACGUGCGCACAAGGCGAUUCACGCGCAGUGGGGCAAGCAUCAGGUGCCGUGCGGAGGAACGAAACAAGACAAUUUGGACAAUAAAUUAAAAAAACAAAAACAUAAGUGAAUCAAAAUGACGGACGGACCAAGACAACGGAGCAGCACGGCGGGCUCUGCCAAGGAUGCGGCCGCUGAGAAGGAGUCUGGGGGAGUUGCGCUCAAGAAGGAGAUCGGACUCGUGAGCGCAUGUGGGAUUAUAGUCGGUAACAUCAUCGGCUCGGGAAUCUUCGUCAGUCCGAAGGGAGUGAUGGAGAACGCCAGCUCUGUGGGCGUGGCCCUGAUCGUCUGGAUCAUCACGGGUCUCAUCACCGCCAUCGGAGCGCUGUGCUACGCCGAGCUGGGCGUCACCAUUCCCAAAUCAGGGGGCGACUACUCCUACGUGAAGGACAUAUUCGGAGGCCUGGCUGGGUUCCUCCGGUUGUGGAUUGCCGUGCUGGUCAUCUAUCCCACCAACCAGGCCGUGAUCGCCCUGACGUUCUCCAACUACGUCCUCCAGCCUUUGUUCCCCACCUGCUUUCCGCCGGAGAACGGCCUGCGGCUGCUGGCCGCCGUCUGUCUCCUGCUGCUGACCUGGGUGAACUGCUCCAGCGUGCGGUGGGCCACCAGAGUGCAGGACAUCUUCACGGCCGGAAAGCUGCUGGCCCUCGCCUUAAUCAUCAUCAUGGGAAUUGUUCAGAUCUGCAAGGGAGACUACUACUGGCUGGAGCCGGCCAACGCCUUCGAGCCCUUCCAGGACUAUGACGUGGGUUUGAUAGCCUUGGCGUUCCUACAGGGCUCGUUCGCCUACGGAGGCUGGAAUUUCCUCAACUACGUCACAGAGGAGCUGGUAGACCCCUACGUGAAUCUUCCGCGCGCCAUCUUCAUCUCCAUCCCCCUCGUGACCUUCGUUUAUGUCUUUGCCAACAUCGCCUACGUCACGGCCAUGAGUCCCCAGGAGCUCCUCGCCUCAAACGCCGUUGCCGUGACGUUUGGUGAGAAGCUGCUGGGAGUCAUGGCGUGGAUCAUGCCCAUCUCUGUGGCUCUCUCCACCUUCGGAGGGGUCAACGGUUCCCUCUUCACGUCCUCACGGUUGUUCUUUGCUGGGGCCAGAGAGGGACACCUGCCAAGCCUUCUGGCCAUGAUCCACGUGAAACGCUGCACCCCCAUCCCUGCUUUGCUCUUCACUUGCCUGUCCACUCUGCUUAUGCUGUGCACCAGUGACAUGUACACCCUCAUCAACUACGUGGGCUUCAUCAACUACUUCUUUUAUGGAGUCGCUGUCGCCGGGCAGAUCGUCCUGAGAAUUAAACAGCCCAACAUGCACCGGCCAAUCAAGAUCAGCCUGAUAUGGCCGGUCAUUUACCUGGUCUUCUGGGCCUUCCUGCUCAUCUUCUCGCUGUACUCGGAGCCUGUCGUGUGCGGCAUCGGGCUCGCCAUCAUGCUCACCGGGGUUCCUGUCUACUUCCUGGGGGUCUACUGGGAGAACAAACCGCAGUGCUUUGACACCUUCGUUGACAAAAUGACAUACGUGGGCCAGAAGAUGUGCGUGGUUGUUUAUCCGGCCGAGACCGGUGGCGGCAGUGGAGGCGACGAGGAGGGGGAGGAGAUGAAGGAGGCGAGGUCUCCCCUCUCCAUGGAGGACGGAGACAACCACAAAGCAGCGGACUGUUGAAUCCGAGUUGUUGAUUUUUUUACUAUUAUUAUUCCUACCUGGUCCCUUAAAAAAAAAAAAAAAGAAAAGAGAAAGUUAGAAAAAUGCAGACAGACACGCCAACAUGGGUUUGCUCUACAAGUGCAGACACAAUCCGCAGUUUGUUUACUGAUCAACACUUUUUUCUCCAAGUGUCUUUUUAAUCAGCGAUUCUGUAACCAAAUAUCGACGCCCCAGCCGGGUCAGUCUGAGGUCCAUCACAAGUGCAAUAGAGACGGGUUAGCCCCUUCCGGUUCCUCAGUCAUCAACAUCAACACUUUUAACCUUACAUUUUUUUUGUUGUUAUUGUUAUUAUUUCCAGAGACUUUUACUGAACUGUGAUGGACAUUUUUCUUUUGGUUUAUCCUUUAUCCUGUCACUCUUGUCAAUUUUCGCUUCGCGUCAUCACAACAAAGCUGCGUUCUUGAUUGUCGACGCGUACGAAAGAUCCGGUUCAGAUCAAUUUAUGGUUUGUUUUUAAAGUGACUCAAUGAUGCCUCUUUUUUUUUUUUUUUUUUUUUGUUAAUAUCACUCUUAAAAUUAUUCUUAUCAUUUUCUACCAUAUAAACUUAAAUUUUUUUUGCAUUCUGUUUCUCUAACAUUCAUUUCACCUCAUUUUUAUUCCUCCAACUGCAGAUUUAUAUUGAUUGUAAAGUUGAUGUGAAAUUGGUUGUUGUGGCGGCAAAAAGUGCACAAAUUUUAUCACCUGCCUUAAUCAGAAUUACGGUAUUGUGCGCGUUAGUGCAAUUGUGGCUGUUUCGACAGAUGUGGAAAGAUCGUCGUAGUUGUUUUUUUGUUUUUUUUCUUUUCAUCAAAAUUUCUACGUAAAAGUGACACUAAGCAAAUAAAGUAUUUGUUUGCAUUUUCCUGCGGAAAGAAGUCAUAAUAAGUGCAAAUCACUCUGAAAGUGUUUUUCAUUGUUUACGUCUGUGUUUUAAUUCCCUUCGAUGCACAAAUGAGAGCUUUACACAUGAUUGUUUUUCCAGCUCAGUUAGCUACAGGAACCCUUUUGUGCAAUAUUCCCUCAGACACCAGGAAAAGCCAAAGCAUUCUCGCCAUCAAUGAUCUCCCAUAGGUUCUCUGUUUAUCCAGUAUGCUGUAUUUUAAAGGAAACAACGCAGAGAGACUAAUUAUUCAGUUUUAUUUUUGUCUCAGGGCAUCUCCACAUACACUGCCAAAAGAAACAUGUCUGAAUUUAAUCCAGUUUAAUUGUGCUCUGCGCCUUUGUUUUUAGAUAUUUAUUUUUUAAAGAUUUUUGAUCCUACAAAGAGAUGGAAAGUGCUAAAAGGAAGAAAAAAAAAGAUGAAUCAAAAUGUUCGGUCAGUAGCUUAUAUCAAUUGUUCUUGAUAAACUGUGAGGGUCGCAGGGUGAUUGGCCUCCUACAAGUACAACAGAGAGUAUUUUCAUUGUCCUGUACGGUUAUUGUGCAUUUACAGUAUAUGAAGACGUCACAGACUGUGUCACGAUGUCCCUCAGUAAUAAAAACCACUGAUUAAUGUU